AUGCGUUUAAGUAGUAUGGUAGUUGAAUUGAAUGGAUAUAUACAUACCGUGUCACGUUACUAGAUCAAAUAACAAAUUAACGUACAAAUCUACAGUUUUGUGAUCAAAGUUUUAAAACAAUUGUUCACAAACUCAGAAAAUCAUCAAGGUGCGCAUGAUUGUGACUUAAAAAUGGACUAAUAUUUUUUAGUAACAGACGAAAAAUAUUUUUUCACCUUAAAUAAUUUUGUUGUUACCUGUGAUUAAAAGCGUAAACAAGUCAAAUUGAAUGUUGAUACAAAUAUACGCAUGAAUCGCUUUAUAUUUAGAUGCACAUAGAUAUAUAUGCACGUUCCACUUGAGGUGUUGAAUGCUAAAUUUAGAAGAUUUGAAACUGUGAUUUAAGUUUUAUAUCCGGUUAGGGUUUUUUACCGUCUACAAAACUAAGCAAAUGUUUACAUGUUAAAAGGAUAUAUUGGGCUGUCGUGCAUUAAUAUAAUUAUUUGGACCUUGCAGACUAUGGUAUAUCAAAUGUUAAAUUUUAUAUCCGGUUAGGGUUUUUUACCGUCUGCAAAAUUAAGCAAAUGUUUACAUGUUAAAAGGAUAUAUUGGGCUGUCGUGCAUUAAUAUAAUUAUUUGGACCUUGCAGACAAUGGUAUAUCAAAUGUCAGGAGACAUAUCUGCAGACAACUUUAACUCAGUGUGAUAACAACCAGUGAUAUUAGCUAAGAAGCUAUUGGACAGAUAGGAAAAGGAACUGGCAUUUGUUUCUUAGGCCAUAGGAUUCGAUUGUCUCAUUGCACAGUUCCAUUGUCUUUUGAGUUUGACAUUUUAUUAAGCUGAGGACAGUGAAAAAAAUAAAUAAAAUGGAGGACAACGACAAUGUAAAACUUGUCCUGAAUAAAUUUGUGAAAAUGAAAGAGGAAGCGAGGAAGAAAGGUUUAAAAGACGAGGUCAUCAAGGACGCGUUUGUUAAUGAUAAAUCAGCAAAGAAAUCAAAAAGAAAUGUACGUACAGAAAAAGACAGCGAUGCACCGAAAGGCCUGAAAAGUGAAAGCAUUAGAGUGCUAUUCCGCCAAAAGUCAAAAAAGUUCAAUUUGCUUUUCUGCUGCUCAAGAUCCCUGUUCAAAGUCUAUUUCGUACUCGGACUUAUAUCGUCCGUUUUGGCAUAUCUCUACAAGGAAGAACUGCUCGAAUAUUCCGAGAUGAAGACAUCACGAUGCGCAAUAGAAAACAAUGGAUUUGUCCAGGAAAUAUCAAGACCCUUAGUGAAGUGUGGCAUGUGUGAAGGUCUGACCCAUGUCCCUAUAGAAUACAACAUAUCAUCGGAAGUCUUCAGGGAGAAAUACGCCUACAGCGGAAUUCCGGUUUUAAUCAAAGGUGCGACGAUUAAUUGGAGCGCGAUGGACGCUUUUAGCUUUCAUUUCUUCAAAAAGCUUUAUACAGAAACGGAGAAGGCAUUAGAGACCAUUGAAGAACAGUGCCAGUUUUUCCCCUACAAGACCGAGUUUGACACGCUGGCUGACGCUUUCAACAUAUCAGACGCACGGGCGAACUUCACCGAAGGCGAAAUGCCGUGGUAUAUCGGAUGGAGCAACUGUCACAACGAAAUACAAGAGGUCCUAAGAGAGCACUACCAAAGGCCUUAUUUCCUGCCCGAAGGAUCGGAAUCAAGUGCACUUGACUGGAUUUUCAUGGGCGGACCAGGACCGGGAGCGUUUGUUCACUUAGAUUACGUAGAGCGGCCGUCAUGGCAAGCGCAGAUUUCAGGCCGUAAGACGUGGACACUUGUACCUUCCCCUGAGUGUGAGGACAGAUGUUCUAGCAUGAACGUUACGGUGCACAAGGGAGACAUUUUUGUGAUUGACACGAACCAGUGGUACCAUGCCACCCACAUCCACCAAGGCGAAAUCAGCAUUACUAUUGGAUCGGAAUACGACUAGACAAUACAAGAACAAAAUUUGAUUCAUUUGCAACAUAACUCCAGAAGCCGUACUUUAGAAGCCUUUCAAGUUAAAAUUGUACAUUCUACUCAAAUUCAAUAACAUAUUUAACUUAUUCCACAGGUAGAUGGUGAAAUGAUUGAUAAACUAUUCAAGUAAAAUACAGAAACUCAACUUUAAAAAACACACAGAAAAAUAUUCAGAAGCGUUGUUUUUUUCAAGAAACAUAACAAUUUAAAAAUGAAUAUUAGACAUUAUAUAUAAAAGACUUUUUUAAGAUUCUUCUCCAAUACGGCCUCUGCGAGUCUUACAAGUAUAAUUCGUUACCCAUUGCUGUAAGAGUGUCAGUAAGACUGUACAACUUUGAAUAUCCUGCCAAACAAUGGCAUGCCAUGCACAUACAAUAUUGUUGCAUCCAGGUCUUUUGAUUCUUGUUUAAUGAACAUCGACUUAAACAUCCAUAAGUUUACAGAAUAUAUUACGCAGGUAUUUUGGAUGAAUUCAGAUAUUUCAUAACUAAUUCGGUCAAUGAAGUCUGCUUGAGAAAAUUAUCAUAUAAAACUUAAAAAAAACUUUAUGAUACUUUGAGAAAUGUGAUGAAAAAAUACAAAAAUGUGCCAUGUUCGUCCAAUAUCUUUGUAAACGACUAAAUAUAGAGAAAACAAAAUCAACAAAGGAGAAAAAAAUCAACACCUUUAAUAGACAAUGGCAACAGUUAGAAAACUUGUUAUUUUAGUAAAACUGCUCUACUAUGUAGAAGUAUGUUAAGUGACUUGUAUAUCUAAAUGUCCACAGAUACUGUUUUUUAAAAUAUCUAUUCUGUUUUAAAGUAAGUAGUUAUUUUCCACACAAAAAUUUACGUUUAUGUUAUAUACACCAUUCCAAAAUAACUAAAAACGAAUCAGCUUUCCGAUUUGUUUCUACCAUUUUUGUUGUAGAAAAUAAGUCCCAAAUAAUGACUGGUUUUGGUAAACAAAGACUUAUAUCUAUAUGAAUUUGUUCACAUUGAUAUGUUUUGGUAAAACACUUUUUUUGCAUGAUAUACAUAUACAUGUACCUGCAUUUUAUAAUUGUGUGUAUGAAUGUAUAUUUGGCUAAUAAAAACAGAAACCAUAA